AGAACAUAAACUAGUUAUGGUCGGUUUAGAUAAUGCUGGCAAAACCACAAUACUCUAUCAAUUUCUUAUGAAUGAAGUCGUCCAUACAUCACCCACAAUUGGAUCAAAUGUCGAAGAAGUUGUUUGGCGGAAUAUACAUUUCCUUGUCUGGGAUUUGGGCGGGCAACAGAGUUUACGAGCGGCAUGGAGUACAUAUUAUACAAAUACAGAGUUUAUUAUAAUGGUUAUCGACUCAACAGAUCGUGAACGUUUGGCUGUGACACGUGAAGAACUGUAUCGUAUGCUGCAACACGAAGACUUAAGUAAAGCCAGUUUAUUGGUGUAUGCAAAUAAACAGGAUUUAAAAGGAUCAAUGUCAGCAGCAGAAAUAUCACGUCAAUUGGAUUUAACAUCAAUUAAGAAACAUCAAUGGCACAUACAGGGCUGUUGUGCGUUAACUGGUGAAGGUCUCUAUCAAGGUCUGGAAUGGAUUGUUCAACGUAUCAAAAAGAAAUGACAAACUCAACAACAAAUGGACUGCGAUAGUAGUUUAUAGUUAAAUCAAUAAUUUACUAUUUAUAUAUAAAUAUUAUUUAAACAAAACAUUAAAAAACAAUAA